AUGACAUUGAGCUCCGUAUUAAAAACAGAGGACAGAAAUGGCCACCCGCUCCGGUCCCAAUCCAAUCGGACUCUGCUCGACAUUAUCCGGGACGACCCGAAUGGCGCCGGGAACACCAAGGACGGUAAAAGGAGCUGGAGGCAUUUCCGAGAGAAGCUUCGUCUCCGGCGUCAAGGGUCAGGCAACUCAUGGACUUCCACCGUCCCAGUUCCGGCCUCCGACGUCCCACUACAGCCGAGCGGCAGCCAGAGAAACCGGAUGAUGAUGACCCGGAGAGACUCGACCCGAUUGAAUAUGUCCAUUGCAGAGGGCUCAGCUCAGCCAGAUGUGGAUUUGAGCACCGGAGUUCCCCGGAGUAGAUCGGCGAUGUUGCAGAGGGCCGACAGCCGAGCCAUAAGCCGAGCCGGCGGAAGGUACGGCAGUGCUCGCGGAUUUGACGAUGAUGCGGAGGACGACGAAGGGCACAGAGUGAGAGUGGAAGUAGAAGAAGAAGAGUCGGAGGAUGACGGCGAGGGAGAGACCGCCGUCGUGAGCGGCGGCGGCGGAGAAGAUAAUCAGCCGGAGCGGAUGUCGCUAAUGGCUUUGUUAGCUGAGACAGAUAGACAAAUGGGGCUUGAUGGGUCGUCUUAUAUAAUCGACGAGGAGGAGGACGACGAGGAAGAGGAAGAAGUCGGCGGCGCCGGCGCCGGAGCUGGGUACAACAACUGCUGCGUGUGCAUGGUUAGGCAUAAAGGUGCCGCUUUUAUACCUUGUGGCCAUACAUUUUGUAGAUUGUGUUCAAGGGAGCUCUGGGUUCAAAGAGGGAAUUGCCCACUCUGCAACAAUUUCAUCUUGGAAAUUCUUGACAUUUUCUGA